AUGUCAUCUUUUCCUAACGUCACUUCCUCUUCACUGAUCUUCUUACUGACUGGGGUUCCAGGGCUAGAAGUUGCCCAUGCCCGGAUCUCCAUUCCCUUCUGCUGUCUCUACAUAACUGCCCUCUCUGGGAAUGGUGUGAUCCUAUUUGUCACCGUUAUUGAGUUCAGUCUCCAUGAACCCGUGUACUAUUUCCUCUCUAUGCUCUCAACCACCGACUUGGGCUUGUGUAUUUCUACACUAGUCACUAUGUUGGGAAUAUUCUGGUUCAAUGCAAGACAGAUCACUUUUCUUGCCUGUGUUGCCUAGACAUUUUUUAUUCAACUCUUUACUGUCAUGGAGUCCUCAGUGCUCCUGGCAAUGGCCUUUGACCACUUCAUUGCUAUUUGUAACCCACUGAAAUAUGCUACCAUCUUGACUGAUUCCAGAAUCCUCAAAGUGUGGUUUGCCAUCCUCGUCAGAGGGACAGUGGUCCUAAUGCCUCUGGUCCUGCUUCUGAAACGUCUGUCCUUCUGCCAAAGCCAUGUGCUCCAUCAUUCUUACUGUUUCCAUCCUGAUAUAAUCCAACUGUCAUGUUCUGACAACAAGAUCAACAGUGUUUUAGGACUUACUGCCCUCAUAGUUACUGCAGGAGUAGACUCUAUCUUUAUUCUUCUCCCCUAUAUUCUGAUUAUUAAGACCAUCCUAGGCAUUGCUUUCCCAGAGGAAUGGCGUAAGGCCUUUAGCACCUGUAUCUCCCACAUAGGUGCUUCCAUCUUCUAUAUCCCUCUCAAUAGCUUGUGCUUUCUCCAUAGGUUUGGGAAAAAUGCACCUCCUUAUGUGCACACCCUUAUGGCUAAUGUGUAUUUGCUUAUCCUUCCAGUGAUGAAUUCCAUUAUUUAUAGUGUGAAAACCAAGCAGAUCCAUAGGGCCAUUAAAAAAGUCCUCUUUCCCAAGGAGUCUGAGGUCUGA